AAACUAUCGCACAGGUCACAAUGGCCCGAACGCCGAGCAAACCCAAAGCUCACGUCCCAUACCGCGGAGACGAUUUGUCUGUGGGGAGGAAGACUGGAGUCAAAGUGCCGCGAAUCCAGCGCAAGUCGGACGGUUUCGAGCCGUUCAAUGAACUGUUCAAUCACGCUGAUGAUCGCACCCCGCCGCGCCGUAAGAAGAAGUCCAUUUCCCGUGCCCAACGGACGCCGGAGGAUGAGGACGAGGAUGAAGACGAGUAUGGAGAAGCUUCUAUGGAUCUCGACAGCCCCAUCCAACAAGAGACUGCAUCCCGCCGCGCCAGCACGUCGAGAGUGAUAUCUCGUACUCGCGCCGUUGAUUUUGACGAGAUCCCGUCACCUCGCAAAACUGUCGGACGUGCAUCUCGGACUGCUCCUCGCCACACGGCAGAGGAGGAUGCUGAAGAGGAGGAUGCUGGACGCUAUUUCGAUGAAGCUGCCCAAAUGGAUGAAAACGAAGAGGAAGAGGACGAGGAGGACCAGAUAGAACCUGCCUCCGCGGCUCCUGCCAGUCGUGCUAAAAGCGGGCGCAAGUCUGUGGCCACCAUAUCGAAAGGGAAAGGCAGACAAUUGGAGCCUGUAGAUGAUGAAGAGGACGAGGACAAUGCUGGUGGCGAUGACUUCACACGCGAGCUGGAGGCCAUCGAUGAUCUUCCUCCCUCUGACGAGGAAGCCGAUGAAGUGGAAACGCCGCCUCGAAAGAAACCGCGUGCGAGCACUUCUCCGAAGAAACGGGAACCCAAGUCCAAACCCAAGUCCAAACCCGUCUCCGUCGCCGUUGAGAGACUUGCUCGAAGCGAUACCGAAGAACCCCCUGAGGGUGUGCGGCGCUCACGGCGUACAUUCUACGCGCCACUCGAGUGGUGGCGUGGCGAACACCGUGUCUACGAGCCUCGACACGAUGGCGAGAUACGACAAGUCCCUCACAUCAAGGAAAUCGUUCGUAUUCCCAAGGAGCCGCCUCCUUCCAAAGCACCAGCUUCGAAGCGAAAACGCACUCGGCGCACACCAGAGACGCGGAUCAUCGAACAAGAAGUCAUUGUCGAAGUCGACGCGAGCAACCCAGAACGCGGUUGGGAUCACGAGACCCGGGAUGAUCCAAGCGCGUCUGUGAUUGACUACGAAACGCAGGAAGAAGUCGUUCGCCGCUUGGCUUUCACGGAAGACAUGUUUGAUCCCAAAGCCGGUGCCCUCUCAGCGAGUUCUACCGAAGCCGACCAGUGGUACUUCCAGAAGAUCAUGUCGGAUUCCGACUUCGUGGCUGCCGGCCAACUCUUGAUAGAGCCCAAGAAGAGAAAACCUAUCAAAUCAGCCAAAGAAAAUACUUAUGUGUGUCGAUUUCCAUCCGCCUUUGGGGAUCUGGUCGCUGACUGGGUCAUCCAGAUCUUCUAUGUAAUUUCAGGCGCCGUAUCUGCCCUCAUCAACAACCAAGCACGCACGGUCACUUCCGGGGGAAUGUUUAUGGUUCCCCGCGGGAAUCAGUACAUGAUUGAGAAUAUCUGCGACCGGGAGGCCAAGCUUUUCUUCACGCAAGCUAAACAGUCCGACGAAGGCGAAAUUGUCGUCAGAAAGCCACGGGCUGCUGCUUCGCAUGUCUCUAUGGAUCCUAUGAUCUCUUGAAUGUCAAUCUGUACAAUCCUUUCUAGAGCAUCUGUAUCUUUAUUUCAUGGAAUUGUACUGCUGUGCUGCUA